AUGUCCGAGCGUACGAGUAGCGAUGUCGAGGAGAGCAGCUCGAUCAGCCCACACGAAGCGGAGGUGGAACAGGACCCACCGGAAAGCAAGAAGCAUACGGCUUCCAGCGGUGUACCUCCUGGCAAGUCGAUUGUACCACCUGAAAAUGUCGAAGGCCAUUUGAUGCAAUUGAAAAGCAAAAAACAAAAAGCCAAAAGAGAAUUUACAAAUACCCGACGAGGGUUGUUGGUUAUAAUGCGAGAGGGCGGUACGAUGGAAGCGGCGGACCAGCAGCUCUGGUAUCUUGAGAAUGUCGAGCAAGAAAUAUUUGCAUUGCUGACCGACAUGGAGGAACUGUACUUGGGAGCUAAUAAUAUCAAAGCCGUAUCGAAGGUACACGACGAGAUGGAAGACUUAAAUCAAGAAAUGAGAGCGACGACUGAUCGCUUCGACCAGUUCGCGAGCCAGCUCGAGUCGCAGGUUAAAAAAGAGCCUGCACUUGCAGCGGGCCAGAACUCUGUGGAAAGGACGAGCAGUAGUACUAGUAAUACUAAUAGUCUGGAUGCCACAGCCCAGCCUUUCAUGCCAAGUGUGACCCAGUCUCAGGAAGAAAAGGCCACUCCAGCUGACUCAGAUAGUCAGCAAGCACUGGAGUCCGAUCCUAGCAGUACUGGUAUCAGGAGAGGUGUUACUGUUAGUGCAGCAGCUGAGACUGUACACCAGGAACAGUGGCAACCUGGUCAACUAAGUAAGCAGUUAGAUCCUGCACUGAGUACUACUGCCAGCCAGUCAUCAGUGACCCAGACUAGCCAGACCGGAGCUGUCACUGCUAGCUCAUCAGUCAGUAUGACCACCAGCAGCACAGGGGAUGGAACCAGUCCACGUCAUGUACCUGCCCCAGUAAGUGCACCACUGUACACUCAGGCACAUACCGGAAUAUCCAGCAGUACAGAUACAAGGAGCAGUAGUGCAAGGGUAGCACUCAGUACUACUAGUAGUAGACCAGCUCUGCCAGCAGUGCGCAUGUCCGCAGUAGCGCAGCCGGCACUACCAGCACCACCACCACAGCCACCACAAUCGGCAAGGGCAGCUGUCGGCCAGGACCUGUGGAGGCAGCUUAAGCGAGUAUCCAUUCCAGUAUUCCGUGGGGACAAGAAGCAGUUCCCAAGCUGGAAAGCAGCAUUUCUGGCAUGCAUUGAUCAAGCUCCGCUGACAGCCGAAUACAAAAUGCUGCAGCUGCGGGAGUACCUGGCAGGCGACGCAUUGAGAGCAGUAGAGAAUCUGGGCCACUCUGCCGCUGCAUAUGAAGCUGCCAAGACCCGUUUGGAGAGAAAGUUCGGCACAAGUCGGCGACAGGUGAGCCUGUACCUCGAGGAGCUGGACAGAUUCCGACCCAUCCGUCCAGAAUCAGCAAAAGACGUAGAACGAUUUGCGGACCUACUUGACGUGGCAGUCAUCAAUCUGAAGGAUAUGCAGCGGACUGAGGAGCUGGGCAACGGUUCCCUGUAUGCCAAGCUGUUGUCUAAAAUGACGGAAGCCAUGGUAGUCAACUAUCAACGCUGGCUCUACGAAAACCACGAACCCGAGAAUGUGGAAACCCUGCUGACCUGGGUAAAUCGUGAGGCAGAAUUCGCAGUCAUAGCUGCCGAGUCAGUCCGGGGAGUGACCUCGCAAACCCGUCAACAGGAGUCCAGCACUGCACGGCCAAGGGACGUGAGCAGCCAUGGACGAGGAGCAGAUCGGCGUACCUCGCAUCACACCUUCGUGAGCUCAAGCACUAGUGGCGACCUGCCGAGCCGCAACCGCUCUUGUCCAGCAUGUGGCCAGGGUCAUCCAGUGUGGCGAUGCCCAACAUUUCAAUCGCAAAGUGUCACAAGGCGUUGGGCCACAGCACGAGGAGCCGCAUUGUGCUACAGGUGUUUAGGCAGCGGGCAUAGUGGGUCGAACUGCACACGCAGCCGCACCUGUGGGAUCGACGGCUGCACGGAAACGCACAACCGCCUGCUCCACUCAUCAAACAGUGACACCAGCAUGGACCCUGCGGCGAGGAAACCAGCUGGAGCUCAGAGCAGUAACAACCAGGGUAUGGCAAAGCCAAGAGCAGCACCCAGUCAACCAGACAGGUCAGGCCAGAUGUCUGGGCCUCCCUCAUCCUUCAGGAACACGGAAGGGGAGUCAGUGUCCGAAACCAGUGCGCAUGCCAGAACGCAUCACGGCCAGCAAGUUGAGCCACAGACAGCCCUGCGGACAGUGCCGGUGACCUUGGUAAACGGCAACCGCAAGAUUGCGGUGAAUGCCCUACUUGAUGACGGCAGCACCGUGUCCUACAUGAACAGUAGCAUCGCAGCUGAACUGGGUCUGGCAGGAGAACAAAAGAGUAUUACGGUGUCUGUCCUCAACGGAGCAGCGACAACGUUCAACACCGUCUCAGUGAACUGUCAAAUCAGCAGCAGCGACGGAAGUGCCAGGUAUGACUUCACGGCAUGGACAACCAACAAUGUGACCGCAUCACUCAAGGCAAUUGACUGGAACAAUCAGCAAGAUCGGUGGCAGCACUUGAGAGAGGUCCCAUUCCCUCCUCUCAAUGGAACAAAACACAUCGACAUACUCAUCGGAGUCGACCAUCCGUACCUACAUGCAUCGCUAGACGAGAUUGCAGGAGGUCCAGGAGAACCUGUUGCACGAAGAACUCCACUAGGCUGGACUUGUGUAGGGCUCGUCAAUCCCGACGCCACAGCCAUCACAUCACUGAACGGUCACAGUACGACAACCGCCAGUCUCGAGCAGCUCAACCAGGUCGUGCAGCGGUUCUGGGAGAUCGAUCAGAGCGGCACCCACCUACGCAGCCACGUGCAGUUGACAACAGCCGAGCAGCAGGCCACAGACCGCGUCGCAACAUCGCUGAUUGGCACUAGCAGCGGGCGCUACGAGAUCCAGCUGCCAUGGAACGCCAGGAAAGUAGAGCUCAGAAACAACUACGCUAUGGCACUGCGCCGACUCAGCAGCACAGAGAAGCGACUGCAGCACAGCAGCGAAGUAGCAGCAGCAUACAGCCAAGCCAUCGAUGAUUACGUGCACAAGGGCUAUGUAGAGCAAGUGCAAGCAGCGGACAUCGCCAAUUCCGGUUGGUUCCUGCCACAUUUCCCCAUUGUGCGUAUGGACAAGAGUACGACGAAGGUACGCAUGGUGUUUGAUGCUGCUGCACAUUAUCAGGGCAUUUCUUUGAACGACGCCAUCUUGCCUGGUCCGAAGCUUCAGAGAGAGCUAUUUGACGUGCUGCUACGAUUCCGUCGAAACUCAGUAGCCCUGGUCUGUGAUGUCAAAGAGAUGUACUUGCAAAUCGAAAUACACCCGGACGAUCGCAAGCACCUCCGGUUUCUCUGGCGUACACAAGACGAGGUCAACGUGUACCAAUUCAAUCGACUGGUGUUUGGACUCAACGUUUCACCAUUCAUCGCACACUACGUCAUCCAGAACCAUGCGCGGCAACAUGCAGUGACGCACCCUCGAGGCGCCGAAGCAGUUCUGGAGUCAACCUACAUGGAUGACACACUGGAUUCAGUGGAGAGUGACGAGAAAGCAGUUGAACUCUAUCACCAGCUAUCGUUUGUGUGGAGCACCGCCGGGAUGAAAGCCAGAAAGUGGCUGAGCAACUCGCCAACAGUCCUGCAGAGCGUUCCGCAGGAAGACCGGCAAUCAUCAAUCGACUUGUCAGGAGAGCUACCAACAACCAAGACGCUUGGUGUACAGUGGCGGCCUGACAGUGACCAGUUUGGCUUUACAUUCUCGAAGCCAGCAGACAACAACAUCACGAAGCGCCUAGUGGUGCGACACAUCGCUACAGUGUUCGACCCAUUAGGAUUCCUAGCACCAUUCGUUGUGCGUGGGAAAAUCUGCAUCCAGGAAAUGUGGGUAGCCGGUCUGGAUUGGGAUACCCCAGCGCCAGAGGCAAUAGCGGGCAAGGCUCGAGCUUGGUUGAACGAACUCUGCGACACAGAUGCCAUCGAGAUACCGCGCUGUCUCUACCCGAAUAGUGAAGCCCCGGACAAGGUACUGCACGUCUUCACUGAUGCAUCAACGCUAGCCUACGGAACAGUUUGUUACACAGUGUCAACCCUUGCAGAUGGACAGGUCUGUGUUCGUAUGGUUGCUGCAAAGACACACGUCGCACCGCUCAAGACCAUCAGCGUACCCCGUCUUGAGCUGAUGGGAGCCAUGCUCGGCCUCCAGUUAGCACAGUCUACAGCUGAGGCACUCAAGAUUCCGAAGUCAGCAGUUGUCUAUUGGAGUGAUAGCGUGGAUGUCCUCUGCUGGAUUCGCAACCCCAGUCGCAUCCACAAGCCAUUUGUCGCGCAUCGUAUCGGGGAGAUACAGCUGGCAACGCAACCAGAACAGUGGCGCUACGUGCCAACGAAGUGCAACCCAGCAGACCUCGCGUCCCGUGGAACCUCAGUAACCAGCCUCAUCACCAGCCAGCUGUGGUGGGAGGGACCGCAAUUUCUGCAGCAAGAGCAAUCGACGUGGCCACCAGCACCGGCACAGCUUUCAUUGACGGACAAUGCGAAGCAAGAAGUGAAGAAGGACCAUCGGGCUACGGCAUCACAGAGCCAACAACAGCAGACGUUCACAGGCAGCAUCACUGCCGCCGACUUGGGACGCUUGGACCCGUCUCGCUAUUCCGAGUUUAAUCGACUCCUACACGUCACAGCCUGGGUGUUCCGGUUUAUCCAGAAUUGUCGCACACCGGCCAGCAAGUUAGUGACGUCCACGCUGACGGCAGAUGAGCUGAAGGACGCAAGAACGUACCACUGCAGAACAGCACAGCAACAAGCGCUUGAGUACAACACCGUGAGGCAGAAGAACUCACUGCCCAAGGCCAGCAGUCUGAGGCAGUUCCAGCCGUUCAUCGAUGCGGACGGGUUGAUGCGGGUUGGUGGUCGUCUUCAACAUGCCGAAUUUCUAUCGUUCGACCAGCAGUGCCCGAUAAUACUGCCAAAGGGACACCGAAUCACGCAACUCAUCAUCAAGUCGUACCAUGAUCGCGGGAAUCAUACGUGCGGCGUCAAUCACAUGCUAUCGGAGCUAUCAAAUCAGUACUGGUUGCUCGGUGGGCGUGACGAGAUGCGUUCCUGUGAGUCCAACUGUGCCAGAUGCAAGCUACGAAAAGCAUCACCAGCAGAACAGGUAAUGGCUCCCUUGCCGAAGGUACGAGUCAGCCUGCCGCUACGAGCCUUCGCACGAGUCGCAGUGGACUACGCUGGGCCAUUUACAACAAAGCAAGGACGAGGCAAGACCCGAGCCAAGAGGUACCUCUGUCUGUUCGCUUGCCAUCUGACACGUGCCGUUCACUUGGAGCUAGCGUACGGCCUCGACGUGGACUCGUUCCUCCAAGCGUAUCAUCGCUUCACCAACCGGAGAGGAACGCCAGUGGAAGUCACAUCCGACAAUGGAACAAACUUUGUGGGCGCCAACAAUGAGCUCCGUGAGUUGGCAGAGGCGCUAGACGUCGACAAGCUCCAGCGAAGCAUGGCGCAAGAAGGCACUCGUUGGCACUUCAACCCACCUAGUGGACCGCACUUUGGUGGCGCACACGAAGCACUGAUCAAGGUGGCGAAACGAGCUUUGUCUGCCACACUCAGCAACCGCGAUACGACUGACGAGGAGUUGUACACCGCCAUUACCGGUGCUGAAGCGCUGAUGAACUCCCGCCCAUUGGGAUACCAGUCAGCCGACCCACGUGAUCCGUUACCGCUAACACCGAACCAUUUCUUGCAUGGGCAGCAGGGCAUGCCAUUCGUCCCAGCAGGCACUGACGAGACGCAAUGGACACUCAAACAGCGAUGGCGGAUGGUCCAGGACAUCGUACUUCAAUUCUGGCGCCGCUGGAUGAAGGAAAUUGUGCCAGAGCUGAACCGUCGCAAGAAGUGGACUCAGACCAAGCCAGAUCUCACCGUCGGAGAUGUUGUGCUAGUCGUGUCACCAGACACAGCACGAGGAGAGUGGCCACUAGCAAGAGUGGCGGAAGUGUACCCAGGCAGUGAUGGGCAUGUUCGAGUCGUGAAGAUCAAGGUCCGAGGGAAGUAUCUGACACGGCCUAUCACUCGACUGUGCCGUAUUGACGCGGAGUGA